AUGUCGAACGAUACGGAAGAACCAGCGGAAGUGCUGGAAGAUGCAUCAGAGCUAAUUUUGAAUUUGUCUCGAGAAUUGCGGGACCUGUAUGAUUUUAGGGAUCUUUUCUUUGAAAACCAUCCUUAUGAAAUGGCACCAGAGAAAAACAAACGCGUUGAAGAGAAAAAACAGAAGCUAGUCGAGAAAUUUGAAAAUAUUGAUGUCGACACACAAAUCCCAUUUCCUUUCCGAGCUGAAUUCCUAUACUUGAAGGGUAGAUGCUAUAAUAUUAGCUCGGUCUAUGAUCCUCAAGCUGCCCAAUGUUUAAGCAAGGCGGUGAAACUAAACCCCAAUUUAGUGAGUGCCUGGAACGAACUCGGUGAAUGCUAUCUGAAGAAUAUGAAUGUUAAGGAGGCUAAGAAUAGUUUUGAAGGUGCUCUUAAACAUGAACGUAAUCGUGUAGCAUUACGAUGCCUUUCAAUAAUACUACGUCAAGAAAGCACCGGUAGCGCUAGUGAAGCUAAGUCAGCAAUAUUAGCUAGUGUUGUAAUGGCUAAAGAGGCUGUAGCUCAAGAUACAAAGGAUGGUAUAUCAUGGACAGUUCUCGGCAAUGCUUAUUUAUGUCAGUUCUUCAUGGUUAAACAAGAUCCGGCAACAUUGAAGCUAUGUAUGAGUGCUUACAAGCAAGCCUGGUCAGAUCCAAAAGCGAGGGGUCAACCGGAUUUAUAUUAUAACAAAGGAGUGGCGUUGAAAUACGAAGAGCAGUACGACGAAGCGUUGGAGAUGUUUCGUACAGCGAUGCAGCUCGAUCCGGGCUGGGCUCCAGCUAUUCGUGAGCUAACAGCUCUUAAAGCACACUUGCAAGCUGCAACCACACUCGUGAGAACUAAGGGAAGAAUCAAGGCUAAAAGACUAGCGAAUAUGGUGCGAUCCAUAGAUCAGAGAAUGCUGGGAGACUAUCUUCCACAAAAUUUCCAAAUAUUCGGUAACAGGAAAGAUGUUUUGUUGGAGCAUGUGACACUUGACAAGCUACAAGAAGGUAGCAAUGAGAAUAAAGUUAUCUUGGGACGUGUCGUCGGAUCAAUACAUCAUGAGAAUUGUGUGCCAUUUACAUUCGCCCUAACAGAUGAAAGUAUGCAAUGUGUUCUGGUGUCUGUGUAUAAUUGGGCUGAAGGUCGCGGCCCGGUAGUUGGAGACGCGGUCGCUCUCCCUGAACCAAAUAUACAACAUCAUAAAGGCACACAUGAUGAUUUGGAAUAUGAAUUCAAGAGCAUCAGAGUGAAUAAUCCUCUCUACUUACUCAUUAAUGGUAAACGUGUGAAUUUUUGUCAGUUUGCCUGCACAAGAGUCAAGAGCACAUAUGAAAUUCACUAA